GCGCUCCGGCCGCGCCCCUCCCAGCCCAGGCUUCCUGGCUGUCAAACUGCAGCGGAAGAGCAAGCGGGUCCCAACCCUGGAACUCCAGGGCACUGACUGGAGCCGAGGCCCUUCCGAGACUGCCCCACGCAGGUAGAUCUGAAACUGGGAUAGGCUUGCUGGCACUCUGAAUUCUCGCUAUUCAGGUUGUGUACUCCAAGGUGAGGUUACACUUCUUCACAGCUCAUUUGCAUCAGACUGAGAAGUGAACUUAAGCCAAGUGCUUGGCGAAGGUGAUGGAUUCCUGAAGUGGAAGAGGUGGUGCGGAUGAAGCCCCACUCAUGCUGCCCUGCUUCCAGCUGCUGCGCAUAGGGGGAGGCAGGGGCGGUGAUCUCUACACCUUCCACCCCCCUACCGGAACUGGCUGCACCUAUCGUUUGGGUUGCAGGGCUGAUUUGUGUGAUGUAGCCCUGCGACCCCAGAAGGAGCCAGGCCUCAUCUCUGGGGUCCACGCAGAGCUGCAUGCUGAGCGACGAGGUGAGGACUGGAGGGUCAGCCUGGAGGACCACAGCAGCCAAGGGACUUUGGUCAAUAAUGUCCGACUCCCAAAGGGUCACAGGCUGGAGUUGAGUGAUGGUGACCUCCUGACCUUUGGCCCUGAAGGGCCCCCAGGAACCAGCUCCUCAGAAUUCUACUUCAUGUUCCAACAAGUCCGGGUCAAACCUCAGGACUUCGCUGCCAUUACCAUCCCACGCUCUAAGGGAGAAGCCGGGGCUGGGACAGGUUUCCAGCCCAUGCUGCCUUCCCAGGGGGCCCCACAAAGGCCCCUCAGCACCUUUUCCCCUGCCCCCAAGGCCACACUGAUUCUCAACUCCAUUGGCAGCCUCAGCAAGCUCAGGACCCAGCCCCUCACCUUCUCCCGGGGUGGGGGUGGGCCGCACAGCCUGCCUGUUCCCACUCCACCUGGGGAAGUGAAAACCCCACCUGCCCCACCCCCACGAAAUCGGAGGAAAUCAGCUCACCGAGUGCUGGCAGAACUGGAUGAUGAGAGCCCCCCACCAGUACUUAUUGGGCCUAGGAAGAAACUCCGUGUGGAGAAAGCCCCACUGACACCCAGUGGGAGAGAAUAACUACAGGCAAAGGUCUGUGGCUAUGAAUACAUUGACUCAGACCUGGAGUACUCAUGGCCAAGACGACAGAGUUUUGGAUCACACCCAGGACCUUGGGCUUCUAGGCAAGCUCUACCACUGAGCGACAUGCUCAGCUUUGUUAAUGUUCUUGGAUGUUUGGUAUCACCUAAAGCAUUCUGAGAAAAUUCUGCAGCACAGCCCCCAAACUUUUUUACAUUGUGGCCAGCCUGUCACUAACCAUGAUUUCACUCAGCUGGCUUUUCAAAACUUCACUUUUUAUUGCCAAAUGAAAUAAAGCAUAAGCAGCUUCAUUCA